AACACCAGCUGUCAAACAUAUACACGAUGCACAUCAAGUCAACGCUACAACUCAAACGAUUAAAAGUGUAAAUAUUUUUGGAAAAAUUAAACCAAGUGAACAUUUAAAGAAAUGUUUUGCGUUGAAAAUUUCGAGAUAUUUUUUGAAUAGAACAAAUUGAAACGUGCACAAUGGAGGAACUUUCGAAAUUAGAGCAUUUGUCGUUGGUGUCAAAAAUUUGUACCGAAUUGGAUAACCAUUUGGGUAUGAACGAUAAGGAUUUGGCAGAGUUUAUCAUCGAUUUGGCUGAGACACACACCACAUUCGAUACAUUUAAGAAAGCUCUCAUCGAAAAUGGAGCCGAAUUUCCCGAUUCAUUCAUCAAGAGUUUGCUGCGAAUUAUUCAAUUGAUGAAAACAUCGAAGAAAUUACCUGAGUCUAGUGAAAAUGAUUUCAUAUCGAAGCCUGAUGCCGAUCGAUUGGCCAUAAAAUUCCCAGGUUUGGCCAUGCCCAAUGAAAAACAAGACGAAAUUAUUAUGACAAAGGUUGAAAAGAAUGAAAAAGACGAAAAGGAUGAGAAAAAGUUCGAAAAAAAAUUGAACAGUGUGGCCGAUGAUAUGAUGGCAGAGUUAGAAUCAUUCGCACCAUCAAAAGGUGACAGUGAAAUUGAACCGAAGAAAAGUGAGAAGAGAGAACGGUCCAGAGAACGUGAACGGAAAUCACGUCGAGAGAGAUCGAAGGAACGUGAAAAGGAUAGAGACAGAGACAGAGACAAAGACAGAUCGUCAAGAAGAAGCCGGUCCAGAGAUAAGAGACCCCGUUCAAGAUCAAGAGAUCGAAGACGCAGCCCUUCUCAAAGCAAAGAAAGAAGAAGAAGCCGAUCAAGAGACAGACGCAGACGCUCUAGAUCGAUGGAACGUCGGCGAUCCACAUCGCGUGAACGAUACAGAGAUCGUCAGCGGAAUCGGAAUCGAAGUCGAAGCACAAGUCGUGGUCGACGAAACCGGUCUCCACCUCGCAAACGAAGCGCAACACCAUUGCCCGAUGGCCCAGAGCCUGGAAAGAUCUAUUCUGGCCGCGUAGCAAACAUUGUACCAUUCGGUUGCUUCGUUCAAUUAACGGGUGUCAAGAAACGUGUCGAAGGUUUAGUUCAUAUUUCACAGCUACGGUCUGAGGGUCGUGUAACCGAUGUUACUGAGGUUGUAUCGCGUGGAUCGAAUGUCAAGGUCAAAGUAAUAUCAAUAGCUGGACAAAAAAUGUCGUUAACCAUGAAAGAGGUUGAUCAACAGACGGGUGCCGAUUUGAAUCCAGCAUCACAUUCACACAUGAAUGACGAAAUGCGCGAUAGAAAUCCAGACAGACCAGGUGCCGAUUUGAAUCCUGCUACGCAUUUGCGCAAUGGAAAUACAGGCGUUGAAGACGAUUUAAUCAUGUAUAACACAUUGACUGAUAAUGGUAGCAAACAGGUGGUGCGAUCAUCGGUAAUCUCGUUGCUGCCGGGUGGAAUGUCUCGUAGCACUCCUACAGCACCGGUAUCACACACAAAUGUGGCAUUUAUUCAAAAAGACGGUGAACCGUCACGAUGCUCACUCUGUCCAGCUAGUUUUCCAAAGAGCCAUCAAUUGUUGUUGCACAUGUACAUCCAUUACAUGAACCCAGAACGAAAAUUCCGAUGCGAAUUGUGUGGCAAAAAUUUCAAAACAGAGCGCCGUCUACAUAAUCACAACCAAUCCGAAACACACAGUUCGAAAGUGAAUAUUGCCGAAACGCAUGGCAAUCCAACGUCAAAAAAUCCAGAACCGUUUGAGUGUUCGGAUUGUAGUCUAGAAUUUCGAGAAAAGGUCAGUUGGCCAGACAUUUCCGCUCAAAUACACAUGCGCAAAAAUUAGCGGAGAAUCGAGAAACCAGCAACGAAAGAAGUGAAAUCUAAACGAUGGAAGCAACAACGAUGCAUAAAUUGACAAUCAGCAUGGUGAUGACAAUUGACUAAGCGCCUUAUGUUUAGCAUAUUAAAAUACAGUAAACAAAACACACACAAGUAGGGCUUAAUCGUUCCAUAGACAUUUUCGAUUUUUUUUUUCUCG